AUGCUUCCAACUUGCGCUUUCGAUAUUCAAGAUAACAACACAUUUGUCACUACUCCAUCGGCGACGUUGCAAGAGAGGGUCCUGGACCAGUUUUUAAGCAAACGGCGAACCUUCAAUAGCGCCGAUAAAUGGUUUUACGAGCUUGAAACCAGAACGCUGCCCAUCUUUAGACGGCGAAGGAAGGAUACCCACAUUAUAAUUGAGCCCUACCCCAAGGCAGUCCGCAUUGCGAUCUUGGACGUCGGCAUAGACCGCGAGUGCUCGUUCAGAGGUCAGAUUAAAAAAGGCAGAAGUUUCAUACAAGGCGAAAAGCAUGGAGAUUACCAGAGAGAUGAGACAGGCCACGGCACGGUGGUCGCGUACCAGGUCGCUCGCGUGUGCCCAAAUGCCGAGACAUACAUCGCUCGCAUAGCCAAAAGCACGAAUGGCAAAAUAGUGCCAGAUAGGCAUGCUAUAGUCCAGGCGUUGAAAUGGGCUAGCGAAGAAUGGAAAGUCGACAUUAUCAACAUGUCUUUCGGAUGGAAAUCACAGAACGAUGAAGAUGGAAUCGAGGAUGCCUUGAAUGUUAUCGGAAACAUGAGGUCUGUUCUAGUGUUUGCCUCUUCGACCAAUGAUGGAGCGUUAGAUGAUAUGCUCUUCCCGGCUCGACAUCGCGACGUCAUUGCGGUAGACGCUGUUGACGGCUUGGGCAAACCAUUCAACAUUACUGGAUUGACGGACAGUGGCCAGAGGCAGGAACGCUUCUCCGCUCCUGGUCUUAAUGUCCUCUCGGCAGGGGGUAAAAGAGUAACAGGCAGUUCCUACGCUUCCCCGGUUGUCGCUGGUAUCGCGGGUUUGGUAUUAGAGGCAUUUCGACGGGAAAUGCCGAAACCUGAAGCAAGUGUACACAAACGCCUAGGAACUAGAGAGGCUAUGGAACGUAUUUUGAAGUUGUUAUCAAAGCAGGUGGAAGGUUUCAAUUUUCUGACGCCCUGGAUUGAGCUUCAUGAGGACGGCUUUUUCGAGACGUUCCUUUUCUGUACUGAUGUCAUACUGGGACCUCUGAGAAUGUACGAAAGAUGCGGUGCUUCGUACUUGGACAGGAGCAAGCGGAGGAUAGAACCUUGA